UAAAAACAUAAUAUAUUCUGAUUUCAGGCACCUCAAGGUUUAGUACUCCUUAGUCCUUCAUGAAAGCAGACUAAUUGUCUGGUGUUUUAAGCAAAACAGGACUUUCAUGGACAUGAGGUUGGCGUUAGUAACAAAUAUAUUUCACAUCUCUUCUGGGAAGUUUUGACUAAAACGCUAAUCCAAAUAUUCCAUAACUCAAAACUGCUGUACACCUUGUUAUGGGGGUGAGUUACAGUGCACAAGUUUAACCUGAAUCCCAUUGAAAAGAAAAUUAAACAUAAGCGUGAUCCUUCAUAAAGAAUUGUUACAAAAUUAAAUUGGUUAUCAAUUUUAUGAACUAUAAUGUCUUGCCCUUACAUUUUGAUUAUAGGAGAAUAUAGGAGAAUAAAAUAAUGAAUGGUAAUCUGCAACAUUGGAGUACAAUUAUCCCCUCCCCCUUUGUAUUUUAACAAUAACGACCCACUUACAGUAUUCCGGCUGCUAUUACCUCUUGAUUUUGAUAAAUUGAAUAUAUCAUAUAGGUUUUACAUGUAAACGAUUGUGUAAUUUUUUUUCAUUGCCUCUUGCAAACUGGUUUGUGCAAUGUUUUUUCAAGCAUACGUCUGUCUGCCUUUACUGCUAUCUGUAUGAUCGAUCGUCCGUGCAGUGACUAUAUGCAUAAAAGGGCAUCUUGUAAUAACAUGUCACAUGUUAAAAAGGAUUUUAAUUGUUAUAAUGGUUGUGAAGGGACAUGUUUGUCAAACAACAUCACGCAGUUAUCUUAAGGCCAUGAACUAGGAAUGUCUUGCUUCUAAGAACCUUUGGCAGUUCUUAUUUUCUCUUGUAUCACGUUCCUUAAUGUCAUUGUUGUCGUGUUGAUACAACAACCCUAUACUUGACAAAGGAAGGAGUAGAGAGUACAGAUGUCCAUUUUCAAAUGUAGCUAGUGGAAUAAAAAGUCAGAAAAAUAAAUAGUACAGUAAAAUACAGAACCGUACUGUAAUACAGUAGAAUUGCUUCAACCUGUUUCCCAUUUCACCAAGUCAGGUCAAAAUAGUAGUGAUAAUUUACAUACCAAAAUAAAAGAAAUACAGAUACCUAAAAAAAAAUCGAAGCAUUUGUGCUUACCCUAAGCGCUUACUAAUGGUAUGUGAAUGUUUGUUCAAGCAGAGAAAAGAUUGAUAUGCUAUGCCGCUGAUGAAACCAGAGUUGGAACAUGACAGGCGGAUUUGACUUUACACAAAGCUUGACAUAGCUGAAUUUCACACCACGCAUCUCAUUCAGUCACAGAUAUGCACGGGGAUCGCACAUUAGUAUGGAGCAUUCAGCUCGUAGCAACGGCCGUUCAGUUGGGGAACGCGUUCUUCUUGACUGUUUUACCGAUGGUAGUGAAGGAACGAUACGUUAACGCAACAAGCCAAUCGGUUACCAACCGAUCCUGUUUGGAAGAAAGUUGGCAGGUCUCUGUGUCCAACUUCUUCAUGACUUACAGAGUCUUGAGUCAACUGGUUCCCAUCCUUCCAGGCCUUUUUCUGGCAUGGCUUGGGGACAUGGGCUGGAGGAAAAGCCUGAUUACAUUCCCACUGCUGGGCCUCAUGCUAUCCCGGCUUGUGGUGUUACUCAUGCUGAUGUUGGACUGGCCGCUCCAAAUUUUGUGGAUGGAGGUGAUCAUCACUGGAUUGUGUGGGGGCUCCGCUGUUUUCUGGAGUGGCAUCAUGACUCUGUUGUCUCUUGGCUCCACGGGGGAGGAUCGAUCCAAACUCUUGAUGAGAGCAGAACUUCUCAGUGGACUAUCUGGUUUCGUGGGUUGCAUGACGGCAGGACAUUUGUAUAAUUUCUCCAGUCCAACCCUGAGACCGGGUGUCGUCACCUUGCUGUUGUGUUUUCUGCUUCAUGCGUCCAGCAUGCUUUAUGUGAUAUUCUUCCUUCAGGCAAGAGCAUUGUGUGAUAAUAGGACCUCGAAUAAAGCCAGCAACGACACCGCACGUGACCGUUCGCACAAAGUCGUAAACAUAGCGCUGCUGUGGGUGUCAGGACUCCUCUACAAUGCUGUAGAUUCUUCAACCAGAAAUAUUCUGGUUGUAUUUCAAUUAAUGGAGCCUCUUCACUGGAACGUAACCCAGAUGAGCUACGGGAAUGCCUCUGGCUUCCUCAUUACACUCUCAAGCUUCCUGAGUUCCAUAAUUUUAUCAAGGUGGCUCAGCGAUAGCUCUCUGAUCACUAUCGGAUUGCUCUCCAAUGCCGCCAGCAUGCUUCCCAUGGCUUUUGCCACCACUGCAUACAUGUUCUUCAUUGGUUGUGAUCCAAAGAUUAACACCAGGACUUUCUCUCUAGCCCGGGCACUGGCACUCUUCUCCCUGAUGCCAGUUCCGUUGAUCUGUUCUCUACUGUCUCAACAAGUGCAUAGUUCUUCAUACAGUAAAGUCCUCAUCUCACUGCAGCUGUCUUUAAAAAUGUCCAGCGCGGGAACUAACCUACUCUACGCCAAGAUUUACCAAGAGACUUUGACUUGGUUUCCUGGCUUUGUCCUGAUACUUUCCAGCUUGAUCUCCAUUGUGGCCAUCAUACCCAUAAGAAUAUUUGACAGCGGACUGUCUGUCGGGCGCACCUACCAGGUCAUUACAGAUGAAGAGGCCGGUCAGCGUGACCUUUUAUUUGAAAUGAAAGAACUCAGUGACAACAAACUUAUUUCCAAGUAGGCUCUUUCCUGUGUUCAACAAGGAAACAGAAUGAGAACAAGGAUUUACUUUUGGAAAAAUACUUUAUAAUCCGGGUUUAAAUAUCAUUCACUGCCAACCCAGUUAAUAUUGGACUUGGAUGUCUAAAAUGGGUUUAAAUGUCAUUAAAAGAGAAACAGUGGUAUGAGGGAAGUGGCAGCUAAUAAAUUGUGGCACUUCAAAUAUUCUUGUUUUAAUACAGGUUGUGUUUUAAAAUGUAUGUAUAUAGAUAUGGGUCUGUAUAAUGUAUUUUAUUUAUUGUCCUAGUUACAAUACCUCAAAAGGAAAUUCAGCUUAGAUGCUUUGGUGCCUUGCUCAAUGGGUGACUAUUAGUUAUUGUUCUUUUUUUGUACACAGCAGGACUUGAACUGUAACCUCGGUUUCAAAACCCAAGUCCUUAGUUUUAUUUUUAACAUAAACAAUAUCGAACUAAUUCACUUAUUUGGUUUGAUUGCUUUUUUUAACCAGUAUGCAUUAUU